AAGAGACGACUUGCUUGACGUCGUCGCUCAGUGCAGUGCACUCGAGUCCGGAAAAUAAAGAGCGUCGCGACGCCGCCGAGUUGAAACGUGACGAAUGAUCCAGACAUUACGCAUUGCACCACAGGAAAUGACCAGUGUCUAACUAAACCAACAACAUGAUCGACGAUACAACAUGUCGUUUCCUCUUCGUUCUGGCCAUCUUUGCCUUAAUCCCUCAAAGCAUUUUGGCCGAGCGACAUCGCAAGCGAGAUUUGCGAUCUCGUGGAACAGUUAUUUACGCUGAAACGGACUGCCCUUAUCCUUGCACGUGUCCUGUGAUGGGCCAGGAAGUGUGUAGGGAGUGUGAGGAGUGCCCAAGACAGCUGGGCGAGCCCUGCAGUGAGGAUAGGCCCUGUGAUAGGCAACGAGGGCUUGUGUGUCGAUACAAACAUGGCGAUUCUGAAGGUGUCUGCAGAGAAUCAACUGGGGUGCCAUGUAUCGUGCACAACAAGACCUACGAGCACGGUGAGACAUUUUCUCUGGACUGUCGCACUCAAUGCGCUUGUCAGAAUGGGACGUAUGGGUGCUCCUCUUUGUGCCCCCAAGAGCACAUUUCACCCCGUGGUAACUGCCAGCAUCCCCGUUUGGUGGAUGUUCCUGAGCAGUGCUGUCGCGAGUGGAUGUGCGAUAGCCAAACUGCAGAGCAACCCCCGGCCUGCCAGCCGGCCUUCUCCAGGUGGUCCAGCUGCAGCAGCGACUGCGGAGCCGGCCUGUCCUCCAGGAGGUCCAACUUGAACGCGCGCUGUCUUCCAGACACGGAAAUUAGGAUAUGCCAGACGAGGCGGUGCCAGGAGGCCGCUCCAACCGUUCAUCACAAGAACCAACACCAUCUCAGGCGGGGCCACGAAUGCAAGGCCACCCACCGCCUCAGCAGCGGCGUAUUCCUCCGUUUCGGGCCUUGCCGCAGCCGGAAACGCUUCCGGCCGAAAUACUGCGGCUUGUGCCCCAUCCCUGGGAUGCAGUGCGCCCCCUCAUUGAGCACCACCGUCAAGGUGGAGUUUGUCUGCGAUGGACCACAACCCGACGAAACCACUUCCGAUCUCCUGCCUGAGUAUCUCGAACCUGGGGAAGAUUUCUGGGAGGAUGCGAGUCCAUGGAAGGGUGAUAAUAAAAUUUCCCGGUUGAUAACAGUGUCAGUCCAGUGGGUGUUGAAGUGCCGCUGUGAACCAGAGGACCACGAACCGACCUCGAGUACGGGCGAGGUGAUUCUGCACCGAGUCCAUCGGACUGCCGCGCCGUGAGCACAUAUCCAAGUCUUUCAGGAGGACCAAUUUUUGUUAGAGUUGUUUGUGUGUUGAUUGGUGUGGUAGGCUUGCGGUCUGGACUACUUUUUUGUGAUAUUUCAAUUUUUAUUUUGGUGGAGCUUUCGGAUAACCGAGGCUCUAUUGGAUACACGGGCGCCGACUAUAUAGAAAUUUGGUUGCUGCUUUCAUUGAAGUCAGAAUUUUCCAAGUAUAUUAUUUAAAAUAACCUAAAUUUACAACGAGUCAACUUUUUUUACAAACCUUUUUUUUUUCUUUUUAAGUCAAAAAUAUCUUUUCUUCAUUUUGGGAUGUUUGAAAAAUUUUAUUGUCUAAAUCAGCUUACUGAUGUUUUACCUGAUUUGACUUGACUUGACUUGACUUGACCUGACUUGAUUUUUUCGAUACUAUAUUUUUUGUCAUUGUUUCAAAUGCUAAUUAUAAUUUUUGGUUAGAUUUAAAAAAUUCUAUCUACAAAUAAAAUUUUCACAAAACAAUAUGUCCAAUUUUCCAGUUUCUGACAUUUAAGAAAAUAAAAAAAUAACUUCCCUAAAAAAUUCAGACUAUAUAAAAGUUAAAAUAUUAUUGUGUUAAGCAAUGUUUCAUUUUAUCAGCAAUCCUCGUUAAAAAUCUUUGAAAUAGGUUUUUUUUCGAUAUCUUUUUCUAACUCCAAGUAUUUUUUUAAUAAAAAUAAUUCUCUACAGAAAAAUAAGUUAAAGAUGGAAAAAGAAAAACGUAAAAAGAAAUUAAAAUUUAAUUCAGCAUUAAAUUAAUUCGACAUUAAAGGCUGGUUUAUAGAAAGCGUUGUUAAAAAUUAAUUCGUUGUUAAAAGUGGACCAAUCAAAUUUGUUCAAUUUGGUCACGUGAUCACGCAUUUAAUUGCACAUUAACUUAAUGACGCUUCUAUAAACCGACCCUAAAUUGUUAUUUAAAUUGCAUUGCCAAUCGUCAAGUUAAUCUCAAAUUAAAAUUAAACUGUGUCUAAAACUAUCUAUAAACCUGCUCUAAAUUAAUCUAGAUAAGCUAAAAAAUUAAAUUUAAAACAUAUUAUAUAAUAACUCAUUAAAUUGCAUGAACUACUCGUAAAUUUUUUUUCAGUCAAAAGAAUUUUAAUUCCAAUAUACUUUUAUUCAAAUAAAAUUAUCAAUAAGAAAAUGCAGAUCUUCUUAAAUGGAACACGUUUUUAUUUUACUUUAAUAAAUAGACCAAUAUCUAGAAAUAAUUCAUUAGAGAAAAAAAUGCUUCCUGUAAUUUUUUGCAUAAAUUAACGAUUUCUUUACAAGAAAUUAAUUCUUCUUAAACAAAAAUGUAAAUUUUGAAACCUGAUUACACAGGUUAAGAAAAGUUAAUCUAAACUACAGUGUGUCCAAAAAGUCAUUAGAUCAACUCUUGCUGUGGAACUUAGAUUGAUAGAUUUUUAUUCUCUUUGAUAGACUAUCGUUUUAUUCUGUUGUGUCAAACGCGCUAGUUAUUGCAAGAAAUCAACAAACGUUCAAAAAUUUCACAGCAAGAGUUGAUCUAAACAUUUUUUGAACUCACUGUAUAACUUAUUGUCUGUUUCAAUAAUAUCUAUUACAAGUACAGAUAAAAUGAACCGAUAGUGAUAGAAUAAACGUUUCAAAAACAACAAGAACAAAAAUUUGAUAAGUGAUAAGAUAAUCCCUUGGUUCCAGCUUCUUUGAAAAUGGAAAAAGUCGGCGCCCAUGACUGUAUAACCAAACUUCCUCCUCGUAGCUAUAAAUCUAACAUUGUGGUGAUUUAUCGCUACGUAAGGCAAACAUUGUGACACGAGCUUGAUAGAUCUUUAGAUAUUAUUUCGAUGAGGCAGAGCGUUCACGAAAAAUUGUCGGGUUUCACACAUCUAGAUAAAGUACUACAUUUUAAGAAAAAAAAAAAAAAACACCCCAAGUGCACCUUCAAAGUACGGACUGAUGGUUGAAAUGUCUCCAAAAAUUCAAGUGAACACAAUCCGGCUGUGCGGCCGUGAUAAUAAUACAAUAUCUUUGAUGUAGAGUUCCAAUAGAUUCAUGUAGUGUUUAUUUUACUAAUUACGAUUUUUAGAUAUACGAACAAUAAUGUACAUUUUGAGUAUUGUAUAUAGACCACUUAUAUGCCAAUAAAGGUUAUACCAAAUUUUA